UGGUGGGCCUAUCUUUGUUGGCAUAACCUGUGAUUUCUCACGUUUAAAUAAGAUAUAGGAACAAGUAGUUGUUCUGGCAUAUUAGUUUAUGGGAUGGGGCUGAAAUAGCAGGUAGGGCUAGAAAGAGGAUGUAGACGUGGGGAGGGUACUGGGAUUCCAUUUUUCAUUCAGCCCAAAUUAAAGAUUUUUCAAAGUAAACAAAUAUUUAGCAAAUUCCAGGUUGGCCAUGAAGAGAUGUAAACAGUGAACUCUAAGCUGAGGUAUACUUGGAGUGCAUGCAUCAAAAAGCAGAUGUUUAAGUUAUGGGCUAGGGAGGUUUGAUGAGAACCAGGAAAUUCUCUUGGAGCAUUGGAAAGUAAAGAGCCAUGGAAAGCUGCUGAGGGAUGACAAGUGUCUGCCAACCAGCCGAGUUGCAAAGCAUGCCUCCAGAUAGAGGGAGUGCAGGUGGGGAGAAUGUUGGGAGCAAAGAAGUUUAGGGACUGGGAAGACUGGCCAAAGUAGUACAAUAAAACAACAUGUAGCUUGAGUGAGGGUAUAUACAAAAUUCUAGAAGGUAAGUGGAUAUGGGUACCAUUUUUCAAGAGAGCAAGGGCACUGGAGGUGUGGUAUGUUGGAGACUUACAGAGCAAAGCCUGCCGAGUCUAAGUCCAUGUCCUUCCAACCCGCCCUUGAAUAAGAGUGUCAGGUUGAAUUUCACAGCUCUCCUCCCUUCCCCCACUUACCUCUGCCAGGGGAUUCUCUUCUAAAAUUAUCCCCUUCCCUGAGGUGGGGGCCGUCCUCUGCUGCCCUUCCCCAUCCUGUUUUCUUAAACAGGAAAGGAAAACAGGAAGAAAUGAAACCACUUUUCAUGAGAGCAAAGCUACAAGGGGAAGCGGGGAGGGGGCUAAAGAGGAAGACACACAGCUACGCUGAUGGAGUGUUAACCAAAGAGCUGGGAGCCUUCCAUUCUGUCUUCCUUGGAGUCUCAUAGGAUGUCACUUGCCCUCUUUUUUUCUCAGAAGAGACAGUGAAGCUCAGACACUUUGAUCUAUCAAAAAGAAGAAAUGCAGUAUUGAGGGCAUGUCUUGUAAGAUCACCUAGAUCUGAUUUUACGAUAGAGCUGCCUUUAGUGAUGUCUUUAAUGAGGCACUGGCUAAAGUCUCCAUUUGCCCAUACCUAAAGGUAAGGAAGGGUUUGUGUCUUAAAAAGUCAUUGUAAUGGUUAAAAGUGGUGAGGCCAGGAAAAUAACUGUAUUCAAAAAGACAGAAACAGAUUAAAGAAACCUGUGGUGGAUACUACCCUGGAAGGCCUUAAAGAGUGAUGGUCAGGCUGUGACCCUUUUGGGCAUUGCCUUAUCUGCCCUUGAGUCAUGCAACAUUUGUCUAUAAUGAACUACCUGUUUCAUCCACACACACAAUGAUAUUUGAGUGAGAAUAUAGCUCAGUGAUAGGAUGCUUGACUAGCAUGCACGGGACCCUGGCGUCAGUCCCCAGUACAGCAAAAUUAUGGCCAGAUUAGUAUUCCCUAUGCACUGGGGAGGCCAAACUAGCAGAGGUUGGAAUUGGAAAAUAAGCAUAAGCUGAAAGGAAAAUCUGUUUCUUUUUUGGGUAAGGAUACUAAAAGAUAAUCUCAUCUCAUACACAGCUACCUAUAUCCCCAUCUUCCUGUAUAAUACGCCCUUUAAUCUUAGUAUCUUCAAACAAGAGAUGAUUUAAAACUUUCAAGGAAUACACAUACAUGCUUGCUUAUGAAUUUGCAUCCAAGUUUGGGACCUUUGCAGGACUACCCACAGCCCAUCUUGGGGCCCUCCAAAUCAGAACCUAGCACUGAGCACAAUGAGGUGUCUUAGUAAGAAGUGGCCACAGUUUACAUUUAGUUCUCUUGUAAAAUGAUAGCCCAUGGGAUUUAAACUACUUAAAAUUUUGAAUAAGGUGUUUGUUUACUUCUUAAAUCCUGCAGUCUAGAACUAGUUUUCUGUAUAUGUUCAUGCUCUUGCUUUGAGAAUCUGGGUGUUAUCAUUGCAGUUGCUACUCAUCUUGGAAUGCUAUCUGUGAGCUCUUUGCAGUGCCUGCUAGUCUCUGCUUUCAAAUCUUAGUCCAUGACUACACUGCUCUGUUUUAGGGCGAAUGUGCUCAGGAAUACUUUGGAAGCAGCAAUCACAUCUGAUAGUUGUUUCUGAAAGUUUCCUAAGAAAGUAGUUAUCUUCAGAGAACCACACUCUACAAAUGGAAGAAAAAAAAAUCUUCCUCUAAAGAUCUCCAAGAGUAUAGUCUUUGUUCUUUAUUAGGAAGGCCUUGAUCUCUGUUUUCUGUUAUCUUCAUCUGACCCUUUUUCCCUCUCCUGUCCCACGUUUAUAAUCUUUGUGCGUGGAUUGUAAGCCCUGAAAUCUCAGUACUGAUUGUAAAAAGGGUGUUUUUAUUAUUUUUCAGCUUUCCUGUUAUAUAAUUUACAAUUUAGAAAUGAUAUACAAAUUGAAAGUAUACAAUUGAUAUACUAGCAUGUUUGCAUUGUAAAAUGAUACCAGGAUUCAGAUUCUGAACCAUCACCUCACAUUACCCUAUAUGUAUGUGUGGCGUGACCUGAAGUCUAUAACCUACCCUUAACUAAUGUGAGGUACACAGUGUGGUAUUGUUAACUGUAGGACCAUGUACAUUGGCUCUCUAAAACUCAGAGCUGAAAAACUGAUGUGUGGUCAUGACUAGCAUCUUCCCUGGACUCCCAAAGCACACUCCAUCUCAGCCCAUGGCCUUUAACUCUGUAUGUGUUUCACUACUUUAGAUUCUACGUAUAAACAGCAUGCACAGUAUCUGAGUAUGUCUUAACAUCUUACUUAACAUUGCCUAAAAGAAAGUGUCUUUUUUGAUCACUGAAUCAUGUGUCUAAGUUUCCUUUAUACUUUCACCUAUUGAUAGCCUCGGAGGUGAUUUUAUAUCUUGGUUGUUAUGAAUAUGCUACAGCGAAAAAAAGAACACAGAUAUCUGAGAGACGGUGGUUUGUUUUCCUCUCUAUAUACAAACAUAAGUAGGACUGCUGUGUCAGACAGUUCACUCUGUUUCUAAUCUAGUGUUUUCCAUAAGGACAAUGACAAUUUCUCCCACUCUUAGUACCUAAGGGUUCCCAUUUCUGUGUGUCUGCCCCAGUGCUUGCCAAGCUUGUCCUUGUCACUCAUCCUAACAGGUGUGGGUGAUGUCUCACUGGGGUUUUCAUGUGUAUUUCUCUCUGGUAAGUGAUACUCAACACCUAGAAAAGUACUUUUGUGUAUAAACACCAUCACAGUAUUUGAGUGUCUGACAUCUUAGCAUUGCCUUAAAAAAAGCUUGUUUUGUUUGGGGGUUUUGUUUGUUUGUUUGUUUGUUUUGCUACUGAGUCAUGUGUGUAAACUUCCUUUAUGCUUUCACCUGUUGACAGCAAGACAACUCAGAGAGUAAAGGUCCUGGGAAACUAAUGACCUGAGUUUGCAUCCCAGAAUCCACGUGGUAAAAGGAGAGAAUCAAUUCCCAAAAGUUGUCCUCUGACCCUCGCAUAUGUGCACCCAAAAAAUGUACAUGUACACACACACACACACACACAGAGAUUCCUUUAAAGGGGCCGGAAAACUGGCUUGAUGGUUAGAAGAACUUAUUGCUUUGUAGAGAGGCUCCACCAGCACCCAUGUCAGACCAGUCGCAGUUGCUAAAACUAGCUGCAGGGCAUCUUGACACCCUCUUCUGGAUUCUAUGGGUCCACAUGCACCACACAUAAAGACAGGUACUAAAAAUGAUGACAAUAAAAAUGAAAUCUUUUUGUAAUUUUUUAAAAAAUAUUAAAAGGUACUUUUAAUGGUGUCUAUCUUCCCACUUUGAGCACUCCCAUUUAACAUAUGUCUAAAUCACAUUCCAGACCAGAUAUUUGGUAUGCAUACCUUUCAGUCCCUGAACUUGGACUUCUAAGAGAGACCCAUCUUGAUGGUGGAUCUGAAAUUCAGUUUGCCUCUGUUUCUUCUAUAAUGAGUAGUUAGGGAAUGAAUGUCUUAGGAAAAGAGACCUGGUGGAAAAAACUCAAUGCCUUUGACCUCUAUCAAAUUUAAUUUAUUGCCUAGAAAAGAGGUUACUUGUCCAUCUUCAUUUUCUUGGGUUCCUGCUAUCACCUGCUCUAUGACUCUAGCCUACUUCCUCUUCCCACUUGUUAUCUAACCUACCCGGGUAGAGCUAUCAUGGGCACCACAGUCCAGUUGAAAGCUCAGUCUCUCCCUAUUGAUCUGAGCUGCUGUUGAGGCUAACACAUAUGUCUAGGAAAUGAGAGACAUUCCACACCCAGUGGUGAUAGGGGUGGCACGAAGGGGAAGGCACUGGAGUGUUGUUAGCCACCUUUGGCAGAAUCAAGGGCAGAGAGCUGGAGGAGAAAGCUGGGAAUUCAAUGCAUGUGGAGAGCUGGCCACAGAAAAGUCCACAUGAGGACUGAAUCCUUAAAAAAUACUGAGCUGAAACCAGCCCAACAAGGAGAGAUGGCAGAGAGGCGUCAGCCUCUUCCAGGUGAGUUGCCUGUCUAAUAUUGCCAAAACACUGAGUAGUUUCAUUCAGCACUAUCUUUUCCCCUCACUUUCCAUGAGGUCUUCAGGGAAGGCUCAGCUAUACCCACAGCCUAGAAAUUUCAUUAGGAAAUUUUUCAUUCUAGUCCUGGUGAUAUUUAUAAAGGGACUAGUAACCUGGAGCUGUGAGCCUUGUAGGAAAGCAGCAGUGCUGCUGGCUGGCAGAGGGAAUUCCCUGUUGGACUGUCCCACAGGUUCUCAUCCUAGCCCCCACCCCCACACUCCACUCACACCUGCUUCGACCCCAGGAGGAUCAGAUGUGGCAGUGGGGGGGGGUGUCAUGUGAUGGAGAGACAGCUAUAAAUAGCUAGAGGUGGGCAUGUUGCCCCAGACGCCUUGGGGACAGUCAAAAGCAGAGGCUUAAGGAGCUACUUGGGGGAGACGAAGAGCAAGCAGGCCAAGGCCUGGCUGGGGCUUGGGGGGAAGGACACAUGGAGCGGUCCCAGUCCCAGCGGCAUGGAGGUGAACAGAGCUGGUGGGGCAGUGCCCCCCAGUACCAGUACAUGCCCUUUGAACAUUGUACCAGCUAUGGACUGCCCUCAGAGAAUGGGGGCCUUCAGCACCGGCCCCGAAAAGACAUGGGUCCUAGGCACAAUGCCCACCCAACACAGAUAUAUGGCCAUCACAAAGAACAAUAUUCAUAUAAGGCACAGGACGGGGGAAUGCCCAAGAAGAUGGGCUCCAGUUCUACUGUGGACAGCUUGGAUGAGGACCACUAUUCUAAAUGUCAAGACUGUGUUCAUCGCCUGGGACGCGUGCUGAGAAGGAAGCUGGGGGAAGAUUGGAUCUUUCUUGUGCUCCUGGGCCUGCUGAUGGCUCUAGUCAGCUGGUGCAUGGACUAUGUUAGUGCCAAGAGCCUUCAGGCCUACAAGUGGACCUAUGCCCAGAUGCAGCCCAGCCUUCCUCUGCAGUACCUGGCCUGGGUCACUUUCCCACUUAUCCUCAUCCUCUUUAGUGCCCUCUUUUGCCAACUCAUUUCUCCCCAGGCUGUGGGCUCUGGAAUCCCUGAGAUGAAGACAAUUCUUCGUGGUGUUGUCUUGAAGGAAUACCUCACACUCAAGGCCUUUGUAGCCAAGGUAGUGGCCUUGACAGCUGGACUGGGCAGUGGCAUCCCUGUGGGGAAAGAGGGUCCCUUUGUUCACAUCGCCAGCAUCUGUGCUGCUGUCCUCAGCAAAUUUAUGUCCAUGUUCUCUGGUGUCUAUGAGCAGCCAUACUAUUAUGCGGACAUCCUGACAGUGGGCUGUGCCGUGGGGGUCGGUUGCUGUUUUGGAACACCACUUGGAGGAGUACUGUUUAGCAUCGAGGUCACCUCUACCUACUUUGCUGUUCGGAAUUACUGGCGAGGAUUCUUUGCAGCCACUUUCAGUGCCUUUGUGUUCCGUGUCCUGGCAGUGUGGAACAAGGAUGCUGUCACUAUCACUGCUCUGUUCAGAACUAAUUUCCGAAUGGAUUUCCCCUUUGACCUGAAGGAACUCCCAGCUUUUGCUGUCAUUGGGAUUUGCUGCGGGUUCUUGGGAGCUGUCUUCGUUUAUCUGCAUCGCCAAGUCAUGCUCGGUGUCCGAAAGCACAAGGCUCUCAGCCAGUUUCUUGCUAAGCACCGCCUGCUAUAUCCUGGAGUCGUUACCUUUGUCAUCGCCUCACUCACCUUUCCACCAGGAAUGGGUCAAUUCAUGGCUGGAGAGCUGAUGCCCCGUGAAGCUAUCAGUACCCUCUUUGACAACAACACAUGGGUAAAGCACAUAGGUGACCCCCAAAGCUUGGGCCAGUCAGCUGUGUGGAUUCACCCCCAGGUCAACGUGGUCAUCAUCAUCCUUCUCUUCUUCGUCAUGAAGUUUUGGAUGUCCAUUGUGGCCACCACGAUGCCCAUACCUUGUGGAGGCUUCAUGCCUGUUUUUGUGCUAGGAGCUGCAUUUGGAAGGCUGGUAGGAGAAAUCAUGGCCAUGCUGUUCCCUGAGGGUAUCUUAUUUGAUGAUAUCAUCUAUAAGAUCUUACCUGGGGGCUAUGCAGUAAUUGGAGCAGCAGCUUUGACAGGGGCUGUCUCUCACACAGUCUCCACAGCUGUCAUUUGCUUCGAAUUAACCGGUCAGAUUGCUCACAUCCUGCCCAUGAUGGUGGCUGUUAUCUUGGCCAACAUGGUGGCUCAGAGUCUGCAGCCCUCCCUCUAUGACAGCAUCAUCCAGGUCAAGAAGCUUCCCUAUUUGCCAGACCUUGGCUGGAACCAGCUCAGCAAAUUUACAAUUUUUGUUGAGGACAUCAUGGUGCGUGAUGUGAAGUUUGUUUCAGCUUCUUGUACAUACGGGGAACUGAGAAACCUACUACAGACCACCACAGUCAAGACUUUACCACUGGUUGACUCCAAAGAUUCAAUGAUCCUGCUGGGCUCUGUGGAACGCUCAGAACUGCAAUCCCUCCUGCAGCGCCACCUGUGCGCAGAGCGAAGGUUGAAGGCUGCCCAGGACAUGGCUAGAAAGUUAUCAGAGCUGCCCUAUAAUGGCAAGGCUCCGCUGGCUGGGGAAUGGCAUCCUGGUGGUCGACCUGAGUCCUUCGCCUUCGUAGAUGAGGAUGAAGAUGAGGACCUCUCCAGGAAGAUGGAGCUUCCGCUGACUUCAAUUCCUCCUCCUCCUUCUCCUCCUCCUCCACCUCCCCAGUUUCCUAUCGCUCCAGCCUACCCUGAAGAGCCUAAUGGGCCCCUGCCCAGCCACAAACAGCCACCUGACACCUCAGACUCUGCAGGUCAAAGAUCAUCCAUCUUCCAACGCCUGCUGCACUGCUUACUGGGCAAAGCUCACUCCACAAAGAAGAAAGUAACCCAGGAUUCAACAGAUUUAGUAGAUAACAUGUCACCUGAAGAGAUUGAGGCCUGGGAGCGGGAGCAGCUGAGCCAGCCUGUGUGCUUUGAUUGCUGCUGCAUCGACCAAUCUCCCUUCCAGCUGGUGGAGCAGACAACCCUGCACAAGACUCAUACACUCUUCUCACUUCUUGGCCUCCAUCUUGCCUAUGUGACCAGCAUGGGGAAGCUCAGAGGUGUCUUGGCACUAGAAGAGCUACAGAAAGCUAUUGAGGGCCACACCAAAUCUGGGGUGCAGCUUCGUCCUCCACUUGCCAGCUUCCGGAAUACAACUUCAAUUCGGAAGACUCCUGGGGGGCCACCCCCUCCUGCAGAGGGCUGGAAUAUGCCUGAGGGUGGAGAUGGGGCUCCUGGAAGAGAAGUCAUGGUUCCUACCAUGCCAGAGACUCCUGUCCCACCACCAUCUCCAGAGGUCCCUUCCUGCCUGGCCCCAACCAGAGUGGAAGGUGAGCUAGAGGAACUGGAGAUGGUGGAGAGCCUAGAGCCUGAGGAGGACCUGGCUGACAUCUUGCAUGGCCCCAGUCUGCGGUCCACUGAUGAGGAAGAUGAGGACGAACUGAUCCUGUGAACAACCCCCUCCAAGCAUUCUUCAUCAAAACCAUAGGGCCCAUGUCAGAGACUGGACAUGUAUGUGAUAUGGGGAGGCCUCCACUUCAUCUUGUUCCUACCACCACUGUGAAAGGUGAUGGUGAUGAUCUUAAGGAGAACUUGGUCUUGGGCAGGGAAGAAUUUGGGUCCAUCAGACCUCCCCCACCCCCACUUCCAUGCUUAAAGGACUCUGUGUUUUCCUGCUGUGCAGGUUCAGUUCCUAUCACUCUAAAGUCCCACAGUUCCCAGUGUUGUUCAGUCACCAUCCUGACCCUGCCUGUCUCUAUUUCAGCUUCCAUAUGAAGUAGGUGAGUGGAGGCCCAGAUUGAAUGAAUCUGCAAGUGUCACAUUGGAAGGGAAUGUGGGACCACAAUAUGCCAUGUGGAUUGAUCACCCUAAAAUGUACCCCCAAGCCUGCCAGCCCUGUGUGCUCCCCAAAAAUCUGUCCUAGACCCCA